AUGUCAAGAACAUUGACUGCCUUGAGGUCUCCAGCACCAUUCUCCACUGCUAAGAGCAUGAUCUGGCUGUUCCAGUCUCUCACGCUUGCCUGCUGCCUUGGCCCAGGGAACACAGUUUCACAAACCAGCUCAACCCCAUUGAUUGUGAACGGGGUCAUGGGGGAGUCUGUAACACUUACCCUGAAGUUUCCUGUGGAAGAGAAGAUCAUGUCCAUCACCUGGCUUCAUGACGGAAAAUCUAUCAUCUUCAUAGAGCCAAAUGAACCACUAAACAGGGUGACUGACCCAAAGCGGAAAAAUCAGUUGAAGGUCAUCGAGUCCUACUCCUUGCAGAUCAGCAACCUGACGAUGGCAGACACAGGAUCUUACAGAGCCCAGAUAACCACACCGACCUCUUCACUGUUUACCAGUUAUGAUCUGAGGAUCUUCAGAAGACUGAGGAACUUACAAGUUGUCUCUCACACCAAAUGGUCUAAAAACAGGACCUGUGAGAUCCACCUGACCUGCUCUGUGGACAAUCCAAAGGAUAGCGUCUUAUUCAGGUGGCAGGUCUCAGGAAACACACUUCAAAGUGAUGCAAACCUCACUGUCUCCUGGGACCCCAAGAGUUUCGAUGAAGAGACCUACACCUGCGUAGCUGAGAAUGCUGUCAGCAAUUCAUCCUUCUCUGUCUCUGUCCAGAGUCUCUGCCAAAGUGUUACUAAUGAAAAAAAUGAACACCUGGAUACCACGUGGAUUGUAGUGGCAGUUUCUUCAAUAUGUAUAGUCGUAGUCAUCAUCGUGUUAUUUGUUUGGAGGAAAAAAAUAGGUUUCUUUCAAUUCUCUACUCAGCAAACCCAGUGUCCUGCAGAGACUGUGAGGAACUUAGAGUAUGCUUCCUUCUCUCCAGGGAACACUGUGUAUGUUCAUGUCACCCAUUCAAACAAGGAAAUGGAAAUCCCAAAACCUGUGAAAAACAAUGACCCCGCCACAAUUUACUCUGAAGUUCAACAGUCCCAAGAGAAAGCCAAUCUAUUCCAGGACAACUGCCCUUCACCAUGUCAUGUAAGUUGCUGA